AUGGACUCGUGCCUCCUGGAGUCAGAGGGGGACACCGAAGACGACGACGAGACCGACGAUGACGAGGAUAAUCCAGGCGAAGGAGAUGACAGGGGGCCUGACGGUGCGGAGGACGGGGGGUCCGGCUCGUGGUUGCGAUGUGUUCUUCACUCCAUCUCUCCUGUCGCACGACUCCCUGCCCUCAUCUCCCUCCUCCUGGUUGCUCUGGUCUCACAGCCCUCCACCUGUAACCGUGACGACAGUGAGGGUGAAGAGCAGGUGGACGCCCUAUCGGUCCAGUUGUCUGUCACGUCCCAGGUCACACCCACUCCUCUGUGGGCGGUGGUGUGGGGUCCCACUCAGCCACUGGAGGAUGAGACCUACCACUUUCUCUCCAGCCAGGAAACCGACCACCUGCGCCUUCACGGGAACCAGCAGGGGGUCAGCACCGCCACAUCCGAGGACUGGCUUUAUCAUGAUUCAAGCGUGCAGCCCCAGGAGAAGGCACCGCAGGAGUCCAGGAACCAGGAGGGAGUGGAGGAUGGAGGGGCGAAGGCGGAGGAGACAGAGCCCGAGGAAGUUGACCCUCAGUUCUACGUCACCGUGACCAUCUCCUCUCUGCUUAUCCUGACAGCAGUCGUCAUUACAGCCAAACUCUGUUACGACCGCAGCUGUUCCCAGCAUCCGCCCCCGCUUUCCCGUGGCGUAGGCCCCCCACUCUCCCUCGCUCUCCCUCGUUCCCUUGCUUCGGAGGACAGCAGGCAGACGCUGCACAGCACCCCCUCCUCCUUCACCGACAGGGAGAGGAUCCCAGUUGUGAACCUGUGAGGGGACUGUUUUUUUUCCUCCAUGUGGUGAACAUUUCUACGGGGCCUGAGGAGAAACAUCAACAU